UGAUGUUACGAACUAACAUCAUACUUUCUCUAGUAAUUCUUGGGCUAGUUGAAGCAGCUCAUAUUCCACAAAAUUACUCCAGUUUUAAUAAACGCAUUUUAAACGGUGAAAAUGUCGAUAUAAAAGAUGCCAAAUUCUUCACCUUUUUCAUUUGCUCCAACGUUGCUUGUGGUGCAACCUUAGUUAGUCCAACAAGAGUGAUAACAGCAGCUCAUUGUGUAGUUAAUUGUAACGUUAAUGAUGCAAAACUGUACAUGGGUAUGAAUUCAAGAGAUGAUAUAAACUCCGGUCGAGCAGAUAUCUACAAAGCUUCUAAUUUGUACCUUUAUCCCGAUUACAAUCAAAAACCAAACAAAUUCUAUUAUGAUGUAGCUGUGUUCUACAUAAACGGAGUUGUUCGGCAAACUGAUAAAGUUGCCCCUAUCGCAGUUUCUGCCGAAAAACCAAAUUUAGGAAUAAACAUAUCAUGCUAUGGAUAUGGCGCAACUUCCGUCGGCGGCCCUGGUUCAAACAAUCUAAAGAAGGCUGUAAUGAAAACUACGCGUUAUGAAAAUAAUUUGAUUGCUACUGAUGCACGACAAAACAGCGUUUUACCAGGUGAUAGCGGUGGUCCUUGCGUUUACAACAACAAGUUUAUAGGUGAUAUAUCGGGUCUUGUUCAAGAUGGCAAUGGUAAUCCUACGGAAAAUCUCGCAACGUUAUCUUCAGCUCCGGAAAUUUCGAAUUUCCUUCGCAGUCAUGGAAUUAAUUUUUGAUGAUGUUAUUCGAAAUAAAGAGAAUAAAUAAAAUUACUUAAAA